AUGAAGCUGUACAUCGCCGCACCGUUGGCGAUCGUGCUGAUCAUCGCUGCUGGGGCGGAAGCCGGAAGGCGAGACGACCACACCAAUGAAUGUGGCGAGCACGAGGUAAUAGUGCCAUCGCCGCCAGCGUGUGAGGAUACGUGCGACUACGAGUGCGAUAAGGAUAAAUACAGUUGUACCAACGUAGUGUACAAACCGACCUGCGUCUGCUUGAAGGGAUUCGUGCGCCUGCACGGCAAAUGUGUGCCAAAGUCGCACUGUCCGCCAAGGUGCGAAUCGGAGUCUUACGAGCAUGGUGAACGGCCGUACUACCGCAAACAGGAACCGGAACGGUGCCCCUGUGGAAAGACACCCAUCACGUACGAAGACGACAGCUACGAGUCGGAAGAGGUGCUGCCGUGCGGUUGCCAUAAACCAACUUACCGUACCUACGAGAAGCCAGAGCCAAAGCACAAGAAGCCCGAACCAUGUUACGAAAAGCCGGAACCGUACCAUCACAAACCUGAAACAUACAAGCACAAGCCAGAACCAUGCUAUGAAAAGCCGGAACACUACAAGCCAAAGCCAGAACCAUGCUAUGAAAAGCCGGAACACUACAAGCCAAAGCCAGAACCAUGCUAUGAAAAGCCGGAACACUACAAGCCGAAACCGGAACCGUGCUAUGAAAAGCCGGAACACUACAAGCCGAAACCGGAACCGUGCCAUCCCAAACCGGAACCGUGCCAUCCCAAACCGGAACCGUGCCAUCCCAAACCGGAACCGUGUCAUCCCAAACCGGAACCAACCACCACGACUCCUGCGCCACCGCCCAAAACCACACCUGAACCAAAGAAAUGCUGUGCCUGUGAGCAUCUGGUCCUGGCGCGUCCCUGCUGUGAACCGACGUGCGACAACGACUGCUCGGCGGUUAACUGCCCGCUGCUGCUGGUGCCCGAACCAACUUGCGCCUGUCUGCCCGGAUACGUGCGUUACAAUGGACACUGCAUCACGCAGGCAUCCUGCCCUCGCAGCGUGUCCCGCUAUCAGCUGGUGGUUCCGAAGACCGCUGCCUGCCAGCACCAGUACGUGUACGCCGUUUAG